AUGGCUAUAAAUUUAGAUAAACAUAAAGAGGCGUUAAUCGCUGCAUGGAAGGACGUAUUAGACGAGAAAUCUGAAACCAACUGGGCCUUAUUUGGUUAUGAUGGGAUGACAAACGACUUGAAAUUUGUCAGUAAAGGUGAUGGAGGGUUAAUGGAACUAAUAGAUGACUUCAACAGUGGCAAAAUACAGUAUGCAUUCCUCAAAGUUGACGUACCCACCGGGAGCAUAUCUAAAUACGUUCUUAUCAACUGGCAGGGCGAAGGUGCACCGACAGUACGUAAAGGUACCUGCGCAAAUCACGUGAAGCAUGUAUCGAACUUCUUCCACGGUCACCAUCUUACGAUGCACGCUAGGACUGAAGACGAUCUCGACGAGAAGGUUAUUCUGGACAAAUUGGCCAAAGCUGGCUCAGCCUUCAAUUUCAAGACAAGUCGGCCGGAGGAACUUCCGCCAAGUGGCCCUGUGGGGACUGUAUACCACAAGGUUAAUCCAGUUCAGGAAAUAAACUCUAAAGAGAGGGAUCAGUUUUGGCUGAAAGAGGAACAAGAAGAAAAGAAACGAGUAGAAGCUGAGCGGAAAAGAAGAGAAGAGGAAAAAAGAAAAGCAGAAGAAGCUGCGAGAAAAAGAGAUGAGCUUGAAGCGGAGAGGAGAGCCAAAGCAGAACAGAAAAAGAGUGUUGCCCCAGAAGUGUCCCCGUCAGGCGCGCUGAGCCCGAGCGAGGCGCUGCGGCGCCAGCGCUCGGCCGAGGCGCGGCAACUCAUCGGCGCCUCCACCGCCGCCGCACGCGCCAUGUUCCAGCAGAACUUGGCGCAGGGACAACUCAACGCGCCCAGAACAAAUGCCGCUACUCCGGAAAAACCGGUCCGCAGUUCGGUGAUCGCUCAAAGAAUCAACUCAUUCACACAAGCACAAUCCCCACAAUCACCAGUAAAAUCGCCGAAUAAAGUCGAAGACUUACCGAAGAUACCGAUUCCUGAGCCCACUCACGCAGAAACCAAGACCAGUCCGUUGAAAAACAUAGACAAAAUUAAAAUGAGUCUCGAAACCCCUUCACAGAUACAAUAUGAACCGAUCAUUGACCCUUCGACGGACUUAAGUCCGAGCACAGAAACGAACCCUUCGUCGUUUAGUGCCAUAAGUUACUCGGAAUACGAAGAACAAAACAAAUACAGAGAUAUUGAGCCUUUGAAACAGAGUGAACCGAUGAUUAAACAGAACAUUCUAGAGAAUGAUAUGUUCGAUGCGUCUUAUUCUAGUUCUAACGAGAAUGAUGAUGACGAUAGUGAUAAUAAGUAUAGUACUAUUAAGAGGUCGCCGUACAGCAAGAAUAAUGCCACCGAAGAGACUGAGCGCUCCGAGUUGAGUAGACAGAAUACCGUUAUAGAGAAUGUCAGUUAUAAAAAAGAGCCAAAUGGGACUACUCUUGAAGAUGUGUCGCCUGAGGGUUUGGAAGAAAACGCCAUAUACGAGGACCUUGAUGACGACCCUGGACUUGCUGCCAGAGCUCUCUAUGACUAUCAAGCAGCGGACGAUUCAGAGAUCACGUUCGAUCCUGGCGACAUCAUCACUCACAUCGAACAGAUCGACGCGGGCUGGUGGCAGGGGCUCGGCCCUCACGGAGUGUUCGGCCUGUUCCCGGCCAACUACGUCGAGCUGCUGCCCUGCCAGCCGCGCUGA